GUUUGCACAUAUCAGGUGACAAUGCUGUGUAAAAGUUGGUCAGCGUCUGUGGUUUAGCCUAACCAACAGAGACAUUUAAGAAAAUGACCAGCAGCAGCGAGGGGGUUUCGAAGUACACCGAGGUCGAAGACGAAGAAACAUUGGCGAUUGGUGAUUACGAUGACGACGACGACGACUUUGAUACAUUCACAGACGGGAAUCUGGACUGUAGCUGCGAAGACGGAGGUGGUUUCAGUGACCCCCUCAGUGGGGAGGUGAAGCCCAGGAUCCUCCUCAUGGGUCUAAGGCGUAGCGGCAAGUCUUCCAUCCAAAAAGUGGUGUUCCACAAGAUGUCCCCCAACGAGACCCUGUUUCUGGAGAGCACCAAUAAGAUCUGCAGAGAGGACGUGUCCAACAGUUCCUUCGUCAGCUUCCAGAUUUGGGACUUCCCUGGACAGAUCGACUUCUUUGACCCCACCUUUGACUACGAGAUGAUCUUCAGAGGAACAGGGGCCCUCAUCUUCGUCAUCGACUCACAGGAUGACUAUGUGGAGGCGCUGAGUCGGCUCCACCUCACAGUAACCAGGGCCUACAAGGUCAACCCAGAAAUCAACUUUGAGGUGUUUAUCCACAAGGUGGAUGGGCUGUCGGACGACGCUAAGAUCGAGAAGCAGAGGGACAUACACAAACGGGCCAAUGACGACCUGGCUGACGCUGGCUUGGAGAAGAUACAUCUAAGUCUUUACCUGACCAGCAUCUAUGACCACUCCAUAUUUGAGGCCUUCAGCAAAGUGGUGCAGAAACUCAUCCCUCAGCUGCCCACUCUAGAGAACUUGCUCAAUAUCUUCAUAUCUAACUCGGGCAUAGAGAAGGCAUUUCUGUUUGACGUGGUCAGUAAGAUCUACAUCGCCACAGACAGCAGUCCGGUGGACAUGCAGACCUACGAGCUGUGCUGCGACAUGAUCGAUGUGGUCAUAGACAUCUCCUGCAUCUACGGGCUGACGGAGGAAGAGGCAGGUCAGCCCUAUGAUAAAGAGUCCAUGGCCAUCAUCCACCUGAACAACACCACCGUCAUGUACCUGAAGGAGGUCACCAAGUUCCUGGCUCUGGUCUGCUUCCUCCGAGAGGAGAGCUUUGAGAGGAAAGGACUAAUUGACUACAACUUUCACUGUUUUAAGAAUGCUAUUCAGGAGGUGUUUGAUGUACGAGUGAAGGUGCAGAAAAACAGAAAGCUACUCAGCCAGAGGAGGUGGAGCAAACAGGCCUCAAUUGAGUCCUCAGCAGCCACCACUGAACGCCGCCCCAUUGGUGGCAUCACAUGUCAAUCAACCAUCUUUAAAUCAACAUAAAAUAAAGAGGAGGUGAUAUAUGAAGGGCUGUAUGGCCCCAAACACACUCAGGUUGUGCAACUGCUGUACAACACAUUUGGCACAACGUUUGUGAUACAACAGAGAGUUUUUUUUAAACACAAUAGUAAACAUUUUUGUGCAAGUGCAGGUCUUCACGACUGUUCAACAAUCACAAAUGGUUGCAUUUCAACCAUACAAACCAGCAGAUAUAGGAUCUUAAUUUGAUCACUAUCUUUUGUUGCUGAGAACAUGAUAAUUCACAUUUCCUGUUACAGAAAGAUUACUUUCCUGCUGUAGCAAACUGCCUCAAAUUAAGAUCUUACAUCUGUAUAACUUGGGCCAGAAGUUUUUGUCUAAUCAUACAAGACCUGACCCGGAAAUAUAUAUAUAUAAUUACCACAUUUGUUACAGUUGACCUGUAUGUUGAGUGUCAGCCCAUAGUAGGGCAUGCUGAAGUUGUAGCCUUGUGUAGGUCUACAAUCUUGUCCCUGACAUCCUUGGAGAGCUCUUUGGUCUUGGCCAUAGUGGAGAGUUUGGAAUCUGAUUGAUUGAUUGCUUCUGUGGACAGGUGUCUUUUAUAUAGGUAA